GCGCUGGCUUUAGAACCACAGCCGCAAAAAUUCCGAGCCCAGAAGUUGUCUGAGUGCGUCGGUUGGAGGCUGUCUGGCCAGAUCCGGUACUCUGCGACUUUAUAUCUUUAAAUGGAUGAGAUGGCUACCACUCAGAUUUCCAAAGAUGAGCUUGAUGAACUCAAAGAGGCCUUUGCAAAAGUCGAUCUCAACAGCAAUGGAUUCAUCUGUGACUAUGAACUUCAUGAGCUUUUCAAGGAAGCUAAUAUGCCAUUACCGGGAUAUAAAGUGAGAGAAAUUAUUCAAAAACUCAUGCUGGAUGGUGACAGGAAUAAAGAUGGGAAGAUAAGUUUUGAUGAAUUUGUUUAUAUUUUCCAAGAGGUAAAAAGCAGCGAUAUUGCCAAAACCUUCCGCAAAGCAAUCAACAGGAAAGAAGGGAUCUGUGCUCUGGGAGGAACUUCAGAGCUGUCCAGUGAAGGAACGCAGCAUUCUUACUCAGAGGAAGAAAAAUAUGCUUUCGUUAACUGGAUAAACAAAGCUUUGGAAAAUGAUCCAGAUUGCCGACAUGUCAUACCAAUGAACCCAAAUACCGAUGACCUGUUCAAAGCUGUUGGUGAUGGAAUCGUGCUUUGUAAAAUGAUCAACCUUUCAGUUCCUGAUACAAUUGAUGAGAGAGCAAUCAACAAGAAGAAACUUACACCCUUCAUCAUUCAGGAAAACUUGAACUUGGCACUGAACUCUGCUUCUGCCAUUGGGUGUCACGUUGUGAACAUUGGUGCAGAAGAUUUGCGGGCUGGGAAACCUCAUCUGGUUUUGGGACUGCUUUGGCAGAUCAUUAAGAUCGGUUUGUUUGCUGACAUUGAAUUAAGCAGGAAUGAAGCCUUGGCUGCUUUACUUCGAGACGGUGAGACCUUGGAGGAGCUUAUGAAAUUAUCUCCAGAAGAGCUUCUGCUUAGAUGGGCAAACUUUCAUUUGGAAAACUCAGGCUGGCAGAAAAUCAACAAUUUUAGUGCUGACAUCAAGGAUUCCAAAGCCUAUUUUCAUCUUCUCAAUCAAAUUGCACCAAAAGGACAAAAGGAAGGUGAACCACGGAUAGAUAUUAACAUGUCAGGUUUCAAUGAAACAGAUGAUUUGAAGAGAGCUGAGAGCAUGCUUCAACAAGCAGACAAAUUAGGUUGCAGACAGUUUGUUACCCCUGCUGAUGUCGUCAGUGGAAACCCCAAACUGAACUUAGCCUUUGUGGCUAACCUGUUUAAUAAAUACCCGGCACUAACUAAGCCAGAGAACCAGGAUAUUGACUGGACUCUAUUAGAAGGAGAAACUCGUGAAGAAAGAACCUUCCGUAACUGGAUGAACUCUCUUGGUGUUAAUCCCCAUGUAAACCAUCUCUAUGCUGACCUGCAAGAUGCCCUGGUAAUCUUACAGUUAUACGAACGAAUUAAAGUUCCUGUUGACUGGAGUAAGGUGAAUAAACCUCCAUACCCGAAGCUUGGAGCCAACAUGAAAAAGCUAGAAAACUGCAACUAUGCUGUUGAAUUAGGGAAGCAUCCUGCCAAAUUCUCCCUGGUUGGCAUUGGAGGGCAAGACCUGAAUGAUGGGAACCAAACCCUGACUUUAGCUUUAGUCUGGCAGCUGAUGAGAAGAUAUACCCUCAAUGUCCUGGAAGAUCUUGGAGACGGUCAGAAAGCUAAUGACGACAUCAUUGUAAGCUGGGUGAACAGAACAUUGAGUGAAGCUGGAAAAUCAACUUCCAUUCAGAGUUUUAAGGACAAGACGAUCAGCUCCAGUUUGGCAGUUGUGGAUUUAAUUGAUGCCAUCCAGCCAGGCUGCAUAAACUAUGACCUUGUUAAGAGCGGCAAUCUUACAGAAGAUGACAAGCACAAUAAUGCCAAGUACGCGGUGUCAAUGGCUAGGAGAAUUGGAGCCAGGGUGUACGCUCUCCCGGAAGACCUUGUGGAAGUAAAGCCCAAGAUGGUCAUGACCGUGUUUGCAUGCUUGAUGGGCAGGGGAAUGAAGAGAGUGUAAAAUAACCAAUUUGAAUAAAAACAACCUUGCUCCCAAGUGCAUGAUUAGCAGGUCAGCAAUUUCCAGGUGAAGUGCUCAUGGCUUAAGGAACUGUUGGUUAUUUAAAGGACUUUUAACAAGACUAAGCUCAUCAUGGGAGCCCUCAGGGGAAAGAGUUUUAAUAACAACAACUCCUCUUUCCCGUAGUCAAGGUGGAUUUGUCAGGCCCACCUGAAAUGUGCUCAUAGCCAAAUCAUUUACUCGCUCCUCCUAGAUCGCUGCCCUUGAUGUUUCCCGUUGCUGUACGUAUUUCUCUCUGUAUCUGUUUCCCUCUUAGAAUGUCCACCUCCUGGGACUUGCUUAGAUGACUGGAUAUGAAUAUUAUUAGACAAUAAUUCUGCUUUUCAUCCAGUAUGCUAGUUCUUAUUCAAGAACUGUGGUCAGAGGGUAUUUGGAUAUGAGUAUCCUUCGCUUAUC